CCCGGCCCCGAGGGGCCCGGCCGGCAGCGGCGGGUCGUGGGGCGGAGAGGCCAGCAUGAGCCGGGGGGUCCGGGGGGCCGGCGCCGGGCAGGGGGCGGUGGCCGCGGUGCAGCUGCUGGUCACCCUGAGCGUCCUGCCGAGCGUCAUCGAGGCCCAGGUCGCUGGAGUUCUGGAUGAUUGCUUGUGUGAUAUUGACAGCAUUGAUACCUUCAACACCUACAAAAUCUUCCCCAAAAUUAAAAGAUUGCAAGAGCGUGACUAUUUUCGUUAUUAUAAGGUUAAUCUGAAGCGGCCAUGUCCCUUCUGGGCAGAAGAUGGCCACUGUUCCAUAAAAGACUGUCACGUGGAGCCCUGUCCAGAGAGUAAAGUUCCAGUUGGAAUUAAAGCCGGGCAUUCUAAUAAGUAUUUGAAAGUGACAAACAAUACCAAAGAAUUAGAAGAUUGUAAGCAAGCUAAUAAGCUGGGAGCAGUUAACAGCACAUUAAGUAAUCAAAGCAAAGAAGCUUUCAUUGACUGGGCAAGAUACGAUGAUUCACAGGAUCACUUUUGUGAACUUGAUGAUGAGAGAUCUCCAGCUGCUCAGUACGUAGACCUCUUGCUGAAUCCCGAGCGCUACACCGGCUACAAGGGAACCUCAGCCUGGAGAGUGUGGAACAGCAUCUACGAAGAGAACUGCUUCAAGCCUCGGUCUGUUUAUCGACCUUUAAAUCCCCUGGCACCUGGCCGAGGAGAAUCAUUCUACACAUGGCUAGAAGGUUUGUGUCUGGAGAAAAGAGUCUUCUAUAAACUUAUAUCGGGACUUCACGCUAGUAUCAAUUUGCAUCUAUGCGCAAAUUAUCUCUUGGAAGAAACCUGGGGCAAACCCAGCUGGGGACCUAAUAUCAAAGAAUUUAAACGCCGCUUUGACCCUGUGGAAACUAAGGGAGAAGGUCCAAGAAGACUAAAGAAUCUGUACUUUUUAUACCUGCUGGAGCUUCGAGCUUUGUCAAAGGUGGCCCCAUAUUUUGAGCGCUCAAUCGUUGAUCUUUACACAGGAAACGCAGAGGAAGAUGCUGACACAAAAACCCUGCUACUGAGUAUCUUUCAAGAUACAAAGUCCUUUCCCAUGCAUUUUGAUGAGAAAUCCAUGUUUGCAGGUGACAAGAAGGGGGCCAAAUCAUUGAAGGAGGAAUUCCGGUUACAUUUCAAGAAUAUCUCCCGCAUAAUGGACUGUGUUGGAUGCGACAAAUGCAGAUUGUGGGGGAAAUUACAGACUCAGGGUUUAGGAACUGCCCUGAAGAUAUUAUUCUCUGAAAAAGAAAUCCAAAAGCUUCCAGAGAACAGUCCAUCUAAAGGCUUCCAGCUCACUCGACAGGAAAUAGUUGCUCUUUUAAAUGCAUUUGGGAGGCUCUCUACAAGUAUCAGAGAGUUACAGAAUUUUAAAGUCUUAUUACAACACAGUAGGUAAUAAAGGCUUUUGUAUGUCUAAUUAGAGACAAAAAAGUGACUUGUGAAGCCUUUUAAUCUUGGACAUUUCAGCAGAAAGAGACUGAUCUUCUAAGACUUCGAGAAUUUUGAACUCUUAAAGAGAAAAUUCAAAUGCUCACUUGAAUAUUUAUGGACCUUAAUAAGUGAUAUUUAUAAAUGAAGUAUAUACUUUUAAAACAUGUAAAUCAUACUACUUCUGUGUCUCACUUCAUGUGUUUCCAUCUGUUGAGUUUUCUGCUGUUCUAUUUUACAAUUGGUUUUGUUCUUAUGCUCCUAUUUUUUAUUUCCAUUUGUCAACCUUUAAAUGACAAUGGAUGUCUCCGUCCUGAUAUAACACGGUUCACAGUCUGUUGUGGAAAAGAACUAGAGAACACAUGUCGCUUAGGGCUGGUAUCAGUGACAUAUUUUAUCAGUGGUUUUUCAGUGUGUUUUUGGCCUUGCCUCGUUCUGUGUGUGUCACCUUCCAUAGCAUGGAACUGUGGACAUC